AUGGUUUAUAUGGGAUUGGAUUCCCAAAUUGCCCUCAGCUUACGUAGCUUAGAGUUAGGGUUUUUGGUCACUUCAGCUGCUUGUAAGCGAAAUCUGGCUUCAAGCUUGUGUUUGCUUUGCGCGGUUGGAAUAGCAUUCAUCCGUAUCAUAGACGACUCUUCUUUGACGCGGUGGCUUCUUUGUUUCCUUUUGCCAAAGAGAGUGUGCGACAUGGCGGGAUCUGGGAGUUCCAUGCUGUAUUCCUUUCUUCUCUUCACAGUCAUUCUCUCCCUUCAAGAAAUGUACCGUGGGAAACUAGCAUCAUCAGAAUUAUUCACUAUACUUGGAGGCUUCAUCAGCUCUCUCCUAUUUCUCGUACUCCUAACUUUCAUUGGAAAUUUGCAGGAAACUAUUGGUGCAAAAACUGGUUGGGGUGCUGUCAUAGUUGCAGAGACAGUUGCUCUGAUUGCUGCAAGCACUGUUCACCGGGUUUGCAUCACAACAUGUUUCCUGUUCUCGGCUGGAUUGCUGUAUGAGGUUAACAAGAUUUCUGGGUAUGCGCUUUCAACAAGCGACCCAAGGACUAAAAAGCAAAGUGGAAGAGCUUAA